CGCGCGCCCUCCGUGACGCACGCGCCCGCUCCUCGUUCGCCUCGAGCUCGGCCUCUCUCGACGACGCGCGCGCCGCGCUCGCACGCGCCUGCCGCCGCGCUCCCGCCGCGUCGUGGACGCUCCCUCCCCGCGCCCGUCCAUCCCGUCCAGCUGGCGACGGUUCCCGCGCGGACUCGACGACGGGACGAGCGCGGAAGGGAGAUAAAACAAGAUGCGCGCGUCGUCGCUCGCCCUCGGGGCGUCGUCGCACGUCGCCCCCGGCGCGCGCGCGCUGCACCGUGAGCCGCCCGCGCCGCGCCGCGCGCGACACGCCGCGCGCCGCCGCGGCGUCGGCGUCGCGCCCCCGCGCGCGAUGUUCGACCGCUUCGACGGCGACGCGGUGAACGCGGUGAAGGACGGCAUGGACGAGGCGAAGAAACUGCGGCAGAGCGUCAUCAGCACGGAGCACCUCCUCCUCGCGAUCGCGCGGCAGCGCAACGACACGUCGUCCGCGAUGCACCGCGCCGGGGCGACCGAGGACGCGAUUCGCAAGGCGUGCGCGAAGCGGGCGGGGAUAUCCGAGCUCGAGCUCAUGAACCCGUUCAAGCAGACGGGAAAGACCGCGGACGGGCUGCUCCCGCUCUCGGACGACGUCAAGCGGCUGUUCGAGCGCGUCGCGACCGAGGCGGAGGCGAAGACGGGGGACGCGCAGGUGACGACGAAAGAGCUCGCGCUCGCGAUGAUCAGCGACGUCACGUGCGGCGCGAGGACGGUGUUAGAGGAUGACCUCGACUGCGAUCUCGGCGCGCUGAAGAACGAGAUCGACGGCGCGAAGAAGGAGCUCGUCGGCGCGGGGAAGAAGCUCGGGAAGAAGAAGAAGGGCUCCGCGCUCGCGGAGUGCGGCGUCGACCUCACCGCGGACGCGCGCGCGGGGAAGCUCGACCCGGUCGUGGGAAGGGACGAAGAGGUGGACCGCAUCUUGCGGAUUUUAGUGCGACGAAGGAAGAGCAACCCGUGCCUCGUCGGGGACCCGGGCGUGGGGAAGACGGCCAUCGCGGAGGGGCUCGCGCGUCUGAUCGUCGCCGGGGACGUCCCCGAGCGCCUGAAAAACAAGCGCGUGAUCUCGCUGCAGCUCGGUCUACUCCUCGCGAACACAAAGUACCGCGGCGAGUUCGAGGAGCGCCUGAAGAACGUCAUCGAGGAGGUGAAGGCGGCGGCGGAUAUCAUCCUGUUCGUCGACGAGCUGCACAUGCUCGUGGGCGCGGGCGGUACCGGGGAGGACGGCGGCAUGGACGCGGGGAACCUGAUGAAGCCCGCGCUCGCGCGCGGGGAGCUGCAGUGCAUCGGCGCGACGACGAUAGAGGAGUACAGGAAGCACAUCGAGAAGGACGCGGCGCUGGAGCGACGGUUUCAGCCGGUGAGGAUCGGCGAGCCGUCGCCCGCGGCUUCGCUCGAGAUUCUCAACGGCCUGAAGGAGACGUACGAGGCGCACCACGGCGUGACGUACGACGACGACGCGCUCCCGGCGGCGGUGCGUCUCUCCACGAGGUACAUCACCGACCGCUUCUUGCCGGACAAGGCGAUCGACGUCAUUGACGAAGCUGGCGCGAUGGUUCAACUCAGAGCGUCCGCGUCCGCGGCGGGCGGCGGGGUGGCUGACGUCGUCGUCGACGCGUCCCACGUCGCCGACGUCGUCGCUCAGUGGACGGGCGUCCCGGUGCAGCAACUCAGCGAGGACGAGAGCAAGACGCUCUUGAACAUCGAGGGCGCGCUCUCGAAGAGGGUCAUCGGGCAGACCGAGGCGGUGAAGGCGAUCUCUAGGGCGGUGAGACGCGCGCGGAGCGGCCUCGCGGACGGCGGCCGCCCCGUGGCGUCGAUGAUUUUCGCCGGACCCACGGGCGUGGGGAAGACGGAGCUCGCGAAAGCGGUCGCGUCGUCGUACUACGGCGCGGAGAAGGCGAUGGUGCGGAUCGACAUGAGCGAGUACAUGGAAUCCUUCGCGGUGUCCAGGCUCGUCGGGCCGCCGCCCGGGUACGUCGGGUACCAAGAGGGCGGGCAGCUCACGGAGGCGGUGCGAAGGAACCCGCACACGCUCGUGCUUCUGGACGAGAUUGAAAAAGCGCACCCGGACGUGUUCAACGUCCUCCUGCAAGUCCUCGAGGACGGCCGCCUCACGGACAGCAAAGGAAGGACCGUAGACUUCACGAACGCGAUGCUCGUGAUGACGUCGAACGUCGGCUCGAAGGCGAUUCUGAACUCGAUCGACGCGAGCGUCGACGGCGACGCCGCCUCCGACGCGGCGGCGUAUCGCCAAGUCCAGGCGGACGUCCGCAGGGAGCUUCAGGUGACGUACCGCCCGGAGUUUUUGAACCGCCUCGACGAGAUCAUCGUGUUCCAGCCGCUGACGCGCGCGGAAGUCGGCAGCAUCGCGGAGCUCAUGCUCGAGUCCGUGCGCGGGCGCGUCGUCGGCCGCGGCGUGACGCUCGCCGUGGACGACGCGUUCAGAGACCUGCUCCUCUCCGAGGGGUUCUCGCCUAAAUUCGGCGCGCGGCCGAUGCGUCGCACGGUGCAGAGGCUGCUCGAGAAUCCGCUCUCGGAGGCGACGCGAUGA